UUAAGCAAUCAUAGAUCGGAUAUUCUUCUUCUAAAAUCAUAACCAUGGCGUUUGGGUUAUUGUCGCUUCCUACAGAGCUGAUAUGUCACAUCCUAUUACUCCUUACACCAAAGGACAUUUGUUGCUGUGCAAUAGCCUGCAAAACCCUCAGGGAUGUGGCACAGAGUACUGUACACGUGCAAUACAAGCUUGAGCUUUAUGCUCAGGGCUUCACCGAGACCGCUACCCUGGACUCGAUCGCCGAUAUUUCCAUAAAGAUGACCUCACUCAAGAAAAUGGGAUUACUGUGGCGGUCCGGCUUCCAUUUGAACACUGUUUUUGAAGAAACCGUAGCUUUGCCAGGGCUACGAUACAGUUGGCCACAAUUCAUGAAGUGUGGGCUUUGGUGGAUGCCGUCGGGAGAAGACCGUCGUCUGUUCAUUCGGGACUGCAAGACAAAUGCUAAAUCCUCCCAGACGUGGCUCCAACACGACCUUCCUCAGUACACCUUUGUUAUCGUCGACCCUCUUCAGGAUCUCAAGGUUGUAUUCUCCGUGUGCCUGGGACACACUGUGACCGAUACCGAACAAGAUCGUCCUUUCAUUUGGAUGAGCUUUGGCUUGGUCCGCUAGUUGAUUCGUCCUUGGAUGAAAAUGAAAGCAUUAUUUCGAAUCAUCCUUACACUGCUGCUGUCUGCCUUACACCUUUUUCGACGUGGUCUUAGUUUGUGAAUACAG